CAUGGCCUCUCGUAGCGACUAUCGCCCUUUGCUAAGCAAUGAAGACGACGACGUGGAGCUAGGAACGGCGAAGCUCGAGCGCUCCAACACUUUCAACAGUAUGGCACCGGAGAAUGCAUCGAGCCAACCUCUGAAGCGUUCGCUCACCGGAAACACCGUUGGACGAGGACGAAGCGCUUCGAUGCAAAGCGUUGUCGAAACUGCGCUUCCCUCGAAGCGCCAGAGCACCUACCCUAGUGGACUCUCUCCUCCACCUUCGAUCGUCACGGUCCCUGCCUUGCCCUUGCCCAAUCCGGCCGCGAUGCAGGCCACCGCUGGACCAGGACUGAGCAUGAACCAGUCGGGCGAUGAAGAAAUCAUCAGUCCUACUUCGACCAUCGAUUCCAGGCCUCGCCCUGCUUCCUACAGCUUCACCAGCCGUGGUGCGGGAGCGCACCCAUCUGCCGGUAUUGAUCGUCACCGCCCAGAGAGCUUCGAGUCGCUCGCUACCAUCAAGAGGCCCCACAAAAUGAAUUGAGCGGCUGCUUCGCAGGCAAAAGUCCGACCUACAAAGGCAAUCAUCACGAAA